GCGGGCAAGCUUUCCUUGACCAAGGUCAUGAUCGGGCACAACAAGAUGGAUGGAAUUGCAAUCCUCGACGCGGGAGAUGGUCAGGGAGGGUGCGAGAGCGAAGUCAGAGAGGCUUCUGUUGUCCGCAACGGACGGUUCGGAGUCUCCGCCAUGGGCUCCUGCUCCUGCCGCCUCCUCAAAGUCAAAGUUGAGAGCAGCGGAGACGGUAGCGGGGACGGCGGACACGGCGUUGCAGCACUAAAGGGAGCGCUUGUGUCCGUGACAGAGUGCAGGAUAGCUCAUAACAAGAAGUGUGGAGUCCUAGUGCAUGGAGCUUCACCAGGAGGAAGAGCAUCGGGCGUGAACUUGAAGAAAUCUGUCGUGCAGGGGGAAGUGGAGGGAGACUAUCGCGUGGAACGAGGAACCCUCCUGCCUGUCCUCACCGUCGCUGCGGUAUCGGUACUCCUCUAUGUCUUCCUCCGCAAGUCAAGGACUUGA